AUGUUCUGAAUAUGGUUAUUUGUCAGUGUCCUGAGUGUAUUUCACUCUUCUUCAGCAGAGAAUGGACUAUUGCGGGCAUACUCUCCUGGAGAUAUCAUCAUUGGAGGACUUUUCCCUAUUCAUAUAAAGACAAAUAGAACCACAACACCUGGACCAAUCUCCUGUAGUGUGUGUGACUUCAGAAUGUUCUUACACACCCAACUGAUGAUAUACGCCAUCAGAGAAAUAAACCAGCGCACAAUAGGGGUUCUACCCAACUUCACCAUAGGAUAUGACAUCUAUGACACUUGUGGAGAUGUCAGCCUUGCCGUCAGAGCAACACUUCAACUGCUUAAGAACCAGUCAGACUUUCAAAGCUGUUUACUACCUGCAAACAUUCAUUCUGCUUUACCUGAACCCCAGAUAAAGGUGGUGAUGGGUGAGAGGUAUUCUGAAGUAUCAAUAGCUGUUGCGCGAGUUGUUGCUCGGUCAUCAGUUGCCCAGAUUAGGUAUGCAUCUACUAGUGCACAGCUCAGCAAGAAGUUGAAGUUCCCAACUUUUCUGCGAACAAUAUCUAGUGAUGAACAUCAGACAAAGGCCAUUGUUGAGCUGGUAAUGCAGUUUAACUGGAAAACAGUAGCCAUUUUAAGAAGUGACGAUGAGUACGGGAAGUACAGCAGUGACCACCUUGUGGACAACUUCAAUAAAAUGGACAUUUGCAUUGAAUUUACUGACAUCCUGCCUGCUUACUUUUCCCAGAACAAUUCAAUAACCCAUACAUUGCUGGCUAAUCUGAUGAGCAAUAUCAGUAAAUCCUCUGCUGAGGCCAUCAUCAUGUUCACCAAGGAUGCCAAUGUUGAUGUCAUAAUAGAAGAAGCUAUUAAACACAGACUCAACAGAACUUUGAUUGCAAGUGAUUCUUGGUCCACCUCUACAAAGGUCUCUGCGAUGCCAGGCAUUGAUUUGGCUGGGCAUGUUUUCGGAUUCAUCUCUAAGAGGAAUGAAGUGCCUGGUUUUAAAGAUUACAUCAUGUCUAUGUUCAACAGAACCCCUAACACUAUUCUUGAGCAUUACCUGACUCACUAUGCACUUUGUUCUAAUCAGUCUGGGGAGAACAGAGAAAAUAACUGCACACCAGCAGAAACCCACAUCCGGUUACAACAGUGUCAACGUAACACCAAAUUUACAGCCUUGGAGCUUCUCAUGGAUAUCCAGAAAGUCAACUUUACUGUGAACACCACACAUAUAUUCUUUAACACCAACGGAGACCCCAGUUUAGGAUAUGAUAUUGUAUAUUGGGACAUGGUUGAAUCCACACAGCGCACACACAUCAAAACCAUCUGAGAAUACUGGCCAGAUGAAAAAAUCAAAGUCCCAGAUGAUCUUGUUAGAAAAUUGCGCAAUGUGAACGUAACUGUUUACAACUGCUCCAAAACAUGUAAACCAGGGCAAGAGUUGAAACAGCAACGCAAACAGCAUUUCAAACAUUGUGUUCCAUGUGCACAUGGAGAGUUUUCCUAUGGAAAUGGUGAGGAGUGUAAGAGCUGUAGUCAAGAGAAGUAUUCAUCUCCACAAAGGCAUAAGUGUUUGGACAAAACUGUUGAAUUCCUACACUGGGCAGAUCCCUUCAUCAUCAUUUUGAGUUCCUUAGAAGUCUUCGGGAUAAUUGUUACCAUAGUGUUUGCUAUUUUGUUUACAGUCUAUCAUGGCACUCCCUUUGUGAAGGCAGUUGGAGGGUUAUUGUGUUUCUUGGAGCUUUUUUCCCUGCUGACCUGCUUCUGCCUUACGUUCAGCUUCACAGGAAUGCCCACUGAAGCCUCCUGCAUGGUAGGCCUGCCUGUCUUCGGCAUGGCCUCUCCCGUCUGCAUCUCCUGCAUUCUGGCCAACCUGCUCCAAAUCUUAGUGGGCUUCAGCUUUGACUUGAAGAUAGGGAAACUCAAUCAGCCACUGGCUGUGGUGACCGCCGUGUCUGGAAUCCAGUUUGCCCUGUGUCUGCCAUGGCUGUACCAUAACCCCCCAUUUCCACACCAAAAGAUCUUAAGCAAGACCAUCCUGAAGCAGUGUGAAAAUGGCUCCAAAGGGUUCUUUAGAGCCAUGUUAAGCUACAACGCUUUCUUGGCCCUUAUUUGUUUCCUGUUUGCAUUCCAAGGUAAACGGCUGCCAGAUUUGUAUAAAAAUGCAAGUUUAAUCACCAUUAGCAUGCUGCUAUUUUUAAUCAUUUGGAUCCACUUCAUCCCGAUUUACAUCAAUUUGUUCGGGAAGUACAAACGAGCAAUAGAAAGUGCAGCCAUACUCAUUGCUAGCUACAGCAUCCUCGGCUGUCACUUAGCCCCUAAGUGUCACAUUAUGGUGUUCAGGAAAGAGAUUAAUAAUGAGAACGCCAUUACUGAGUACAUCAGGAAGCAUUAUGAGCAGAGAGGCAUGACUGUGGUGAAAUCAUAA